AUACACAUAAGUCAACCCUUUUUGUUGAUCGGCCCAUUUGUAAACGAUGUUACUUUGUUUUGCUUUAGCUUUACUCCGCUUUAAUGGGGUACAGGCGGACGAACAAUUUGCGCACUUCAAGACGAUUUUGAGGGCAAAGCAUAAGGAGAGAAUCAAGCCAUGGAUAGCACACAUCGGUAGGCAAGCAGACCCCUGCAGGAUUGCAGCUAUAUCUGGACGAUCUGGUCAGAACAGCGUGCUAAAUAGUGCCGAGAAAGUACUAAUGAAGAUGAAAAACGAUGCUGACAAUGUUAGAAUUAGAAAAUUAGCUCCUGAGACGAAAGCUGAUGCUUGUAAAGAAGCUCUCAAGCAUUGCAAGAACAGAGAUAUGAACCGUGAGAUCUGCGCUGAAGCAUUAGCUCACUACAUGAAACGCAAGGAGACCACUCAGAGAUCAGUAGGACGAUCCAGUGCGAGUGCUUGGGACGAGCUUUAUGGAGAGCUGACAGAGUCUCUGACUACGGAUGAGAUCAUUGAACAGUUGGAUUUGUAUAAUUCUGCUUCUCUGGGUUUAUUAAUAGAUAACACCGGCUCUAUGGCUGACGAUAUCGACCAGGUAACCAGAAUCACGGAGAGCUUCCUUGAAACAGAGCUUUAUUAUGACGAUAUAAUUUACAACUUUGUAAUCAUGACUUUCGGAGAUCCUGACUAUGAACAGCCAACCGCCUAUUGGGAGCCCACUCAAGCAGUAAAUCACGUGAAUAGUAAAAUAGUGGCGUCCAUGGGAGGGGACUGUCCAGAGAUGACAUGUCAGGCGAUCGAACAGAUGUUAUUGUACAGUGACAUGUUCAGCCAAUCUCCCAUCUUCGUGUUCACGGACGCUUCCAGCAAGGACUGCAGUGAAGAUCUUGUGACUAGCGUGGAGGAUUGGGCCAAGGAUUUCUCACAAACUUUGAAUUUUGUCCUGACAGGGAUCUGUGGAGACGAGGUUGACGGCAACUUCACCAGACUGGCCGCUUCUACUGGGGGCAGCAUCUACAGGCUCGAGGAUGAAGAGCUGUACAGAAUGACAGAUAUAGUGGCCGAGGGGACAGAAGGGGGUUCAUAUCUUGCUUACGACGAUUGGGACGAAGACGAUUGGGACGAAGACGAGGACUGGAAAAGAAAGAAGAGAGAUAUGAGCAAUGAGCUGAGCGCGCACUUCCUCCUCAGGAGGAGAAGACAAGCAGAUUUCUCCACUUUCGUUUUCUACGUGGAUGAAACAGUUGGUCGGCUGGCGAUGCAGGUGACGUUCAAGAACCGUGCAGACAGACGGCUGCUAGACGGUAUCACCAUGACACCCCAAGAAAACUGUAACACCCACAACCAGGAAACCGGAAGCAGGUUUGGAAACAUUGUCCACUACGCAGUUCACUGUCCUUGUGUCGGUGUUUGGAAGAUUAAGGUCCCUAGCUCCUUUGACAACCCCUGGACUUUCUCUGCCAAAACGUUUGGAGAUUUCAGUAUUGGGUUUGAUGUGGGCUUCGAGCAAGCAGCGUCCAAUGGGAAUGUGGAGCGGACAAAGGAACCCUGUGCAGGCGACACAGCUAAAAUGAUUAUAACACUCACUCAGAGAGACUCUAUUGAUGCAACAAGCAGGAUCCACGUUUUAUUGAAUGGUGAAUCUUACGAUGAAAUCUUCAGACUAAACACAAGUGACGAAAGCAAGUGGUAUGUGGAAAUCAGAGUUCCAAAAAUUCCGUUCAAGGUAGCAGUUCGAGGUACCACAGUGGCUGGAAACACAUUCCUCAGGAUCCAAAACACGGAAAUAAAACCGACCACAACCUGCCUGAAGACUGAACACAUUCAGCCCAGUGCGUGGACCAUAAAGGCGGGAAGAGUAACAACCAUCAUAAUGUCCCUGGAGAACAAGUACCAAAUGGGCGAGUAUAAGCUCUUCUGUUUCAACGACCGUCAAAAGGACGGGUUCGAGACGAAGAUAGAACGGCCGAGGAACAGAGUGCACAGGGUUAUUGAUCCGGACAGAUUAUACUACAUUUUCAUCAAGGUUAGAGCUCCACAAGUCAUCGAAGUCGGGUUGGUGGUAAAUGUAUGGUGCGUCGUACGUUCAGAUAAUGACAGGGCAAUCAAAUCUUACCGACUUAUGACCUCUCUCUACGACUAAUCAUCUGCACGGACAAUCUAUUUUCUAAUGAUCGAGAAGGAAUGAGGAACUUCGCCAGUAUCGAUGAACACAAUCCUUAGAAAAUGAACUGUAAAUAAUCGACUACUUGAACUAUUUUACUAUAACAUUAACAUAAGUAUGCUAGGAAUGAUAUUAUACAUUUAUCCCACGCAUAUUAUAUAUAGAUAUAUUUCUUACGGGUGUGAAUCUUUUGUAUGACUUUGCAUGCCAUGUAUCUGUUGAUCCACAGCCUAUUGUUGAGUUCAUCAGCCACCAUAAACAAGAUAACAUCCUGGGAAAUUUAACAUAAACAAGAUAAUUUGAGCUAAAAAAGAACACAGGUUAUUAUGCGAAUUUUCAGUGCAUAAAACCACUGUGGAAACAAACGAGUACCCUGCCUAAUUGUCCGGUAUAAUACAGGGUCGGUGGUUAUUCUCAUUAUAUUUAUGUUCACAGUACAUUAUUACUCUGGGGACUAGGCCACCCUGUAUACUUUUAAUUCGAUCCUGUGGCGAGUUGCUCCCUAAACCAAAAACUUAACGUUCGACAUAUUAAAAGAUGGCUAACCGAAUGGUGACUAAGUCGGACUAGAAGUUUGGUAGCCGUAACUCGGAUGAGAGUGUCAAGGGACUGAGUCAUGGUGAUGAGUUUAUCAACAACAAUCCUCUCUGUCACAUUCUCCAUCGCCAAACACUGUACAGCCGCCCACGUGUCUGCUACCAUAGAGUUCACUCUGUGUAAUGCUCGUAAUAGCACCUGUUUAGCC